AUGGGUUAUGCUCAACUUUUUAUUGGUCCUACUGGUAGUGGCAAAUCAACUUAUAGCUCUAGCUUGUAUCAACACUAUGAUACUAUUCGGAGGACCAUGCACGUUUUUAAUCUUGAUCCUGCUGCAAAUUUUGAUAAUCUGGUUGCUAUGGUUUUAUAUGAUAUUCCGAUGUUUUGUGCACCUAUAAGGGAACUUAUUUCCUUGGAUGAUGUUAUGAAGGAACUUGGUCUGGGCCCUAAUGGUGGCCUUAUUUACUGCAUGGAGAAUCUUGAAGUGAAUCUUGAUGAUUUGUUGGUAGAAGAACUGGAUAACUAUUUGGAUGAUGACUAUCUUAUAUCCUGUUCAAUUAUCAUUGAAUCUAUAGCAGAUAGAUAUCCUGGUGUUGAGCAGUAUGCCAUUAGGUCCUUUGUUGAUGCACUAUAUUCAAUUCCAUUAGGUCUUGUUGAGAAUAGUGAUCUUCAGCCUAUUGACACAUUGGCAGCCGUUGAGAUGCUCAAUUUUUCCUUUAUAAAAUGUAGUUUUAUUCUAUAUGAACUAGUGCUUGUUGUGAUGCUCAUUGCUUCCCAUAAGGCAACCCAAUUAAAUCAGAAGCCAACAUAUGCAGAAGUGUUUAAUCGCACACACAAGGGUGACAAGGGUCGUGGUGAUUAUGUUGAUAAUAAAUCUAAAUCUGUGAGUGAAUCUUAUACUUCUUCAAUAAGCCAAAAAUAUGGUGUCGAUGAAUCUUCUCAUCCUGAAUUUGACCCACAAGCUUGGAAUGCUGGAUUUUCUCAAAUUGGAAUGAAUAACAAAGACCAUGAAGAUGAAACCACCGAUUGUCAAGAUUGA